AUGUUAAAUUCAGAAUGUGUUCAACAAGGUAUUCGUCUUAACCUUCAUUUGUUGUAUACAAAUAAUCAUUUUUCUAAAUUUCCAUUAAAACUUAUUCAUGAUAGACAAUCGUCAAAUAGCUAUUUUAUUCAACAACAAUCAUCUACAAUAAAUUCUUCAUCUAUACAACGAGCUAUUCUAGUUUUUUAUCCAUCAAAUCAAGAAAUCAAUUAUUUACCAGAAAUUCGAUGGUUAUAUAGGUCAUGGAUUGAAAUGAUUAAAUAUGAACCCAGUGAAUGGCGAACAGAUUUUAUCAUAUUUACUGAACAAUAUUCAACCGUAUUUAUACAGCUUGGUUGUUUAAUUAAUCGAAUACGUUUAAAUGAUGAAGAACAACCAAAAUGUCGAGUAUUUAUUUAUGUUCGUAUAUCCGCUCGUCACAUAGAUCCAGUAACUAAACAACAAAUAUUAGUAACGAAUCAUAGUGAAAAAAAUUUAUUUCAUGUUGAUAUUUCACGUUCAAUUUUAUUGUAUGACCAUUUUAAAGCAUAUCAAUAUAUUGAUUCUGUAAAUAUUAUUGCAGAAGGUUAUCCAAUAUAUUCAUACUAUGAUUUUAUUCUUAAAACUGAUCUUGAUGUUUUUAUAACAAAACAAUUUGCUAAUUAUGUACCAAGUACAUUGAAAACAUUAUUUACUGGUCGUGGUGGAUAUUCAACAGAAUUUAAUACACGUCGUCUUGGACGUAUUGCUAGAGAUAUGGGUUGGAAAUAUCAAAAUUUGACAAAUAUUGGAUCAACAUGGUAUGGAUCACCAUAUGUUGCUCAACGCAUAGGAAACUUAACUUUAGAUGCUAUGGUUCAUUUAUCUAUGAAUGAGUUUUGUACUGCCGAACGAGAACAAAAACUUUCAACUUUAUUAUGGCCUGAUUGGCAUUAUGGUGUAUUAAGUAUGUAUGGCACUCAUUUAGCAGUUAAUCAUUUAGUAAACUCAGAAAAGCUUGAUAUACAAAAUGGUUCUGGAUUGUUAGAUCAAUCAACAACGAAUAAUGAUAAAAAUGAUAUAGAAAAAAAUAAUCGAUUACAUUUACAUUGUUGGCAUACAGAUGCACCAUUUUCAAAAUUUCAAUUCAAAGCAAAGAAAUAUGAUCACAUACCACCACAUAUACUGAUUAAUGAUAGUUCAUCUCAAAGCUAUGCUAUGCGAAUGGCAUUGGAAUCUCGAUUAAUGACAUUCGAGGAACUUAGUCAACAACUACGUGAAAUCAGCCGUAACAAAACUCAUUCAAGUAUUUUCAUCGCUCAACCAAAUAGUUUUACAGCAUCUCCUAUACAAUAG